UGUCGCGUUGAUAACUAAAAUCCAAUCCACGGAGCCCAUCGAAAUUACCCGUCAAAUAUCAAACAACCUUUAUGUAGAUGGAAAUUGAUGCCGGUUCUCUGUUUCCAGCGACUCCCAGGAAAAGAAUUAUGAUUAUUUUAGCUACUCUUCCCCCGUUUUGUUCCCUUUCGUUUCGAUUUACCUAACCCUAGCUUUUCUGUUAAUUUCAAUUUUUUUGGAAAGCCAGAUCCUUUUUCCUAUUAUUAUUUUAUUGUUGGUUUUUUUAAAAAAAAUCUUAUACGUGAUCGAGACUUUCGAUGUGUAUGAAUUAUCGGAGCGGGUGAUUGGGUGUUUACCAUCUAGAGUCUCCGUAUAUUAUCCACCUUUUUCAUUUUUAAAUUUGGGGGAGCUUUCUGAAUCAAGGUUUCAAGUUAUAGUUAGGGCUUGCAAUUGAUGGAGCCUCGUGUCGGUAAUAAGUUUCGACUUGGUCGUAAGAUCGGCAGCGGUUCUUUUGGAGAGAUCUAUUUGGGUACGAAUAUUCAGACAAAUGAAGAGGUUGCCAUUAAGCUUGAAAACGUGAAGACAAAGCAUCCUCAGUUGUUAUAUGAAUCAAAGUUGUACAGGAUCCUGCAGGGAGGAACUGGGAUUCCAAAUGUAAGAUGGUUUGGAGUUGAGGGAGACUAUAAUGUUUUGGUUAUGGAUUUGCUUGGACCUAGUCUUGAAGAUCUAUUUAACUUCUGCAGUAGGAAACUCUCAUUGAAGUCAGUUCUCAUGCUUGCUGAUCAAAUGAUCAAUCGUGUUGAAUUUGUUCACACAAAAUCAUUUCUACAUCGGGAUAUUAAGCCAGACAAUUUUAUCAUGGGCCUGGGAAGGCGUGCGAAUCAGGUCUAUAUGAUUGACUUUGGUCUGGCCAAGAAAUAUAGAGACAGUUCACAUCAACACAUUCCUUACAGGGAGAAUAAGAAUCUGACUGGAACUGCAAGAUAUGCAAGCAUGAAUACCCACUUGGGCAUUGAGCAAAGCCGUAGAGAUGAUUUGGAAUCUCUUGGAUAUGUGCUUAUGUACUUCCUAAGAGGAAGUCUUCCUUGGCAAGGUCUGAAAGCUGGAACAAAGAAACAGAAGUACGAGAGAAUUAGUGAGAAGAAGGUUUCUACUUCAAUUGAGGCCUUAUGUCGAGGUUAUCCAACAGAAUUUGCAUCAUACUUCCAUUAUUGUCGUUCACUAAGAUUUGAUGAUAAGCCAGACUACUCUUACCUCAAAAGAAUCUUUCGUGACCUCUUUAUUCGUGAAGGCUUCCAGUUUGAUUAUGUCUUUGAUUGGACCAUUUUGAAGUAUCAGCAAUCACAGCUGACCACUCCUCCAGCUCGAGCCAUUGGCCCCGGUGCUGGAACAAGUUCUCCCCUGCCCCCUGGCAUUGGCGCAGACAGACAAACAGCUGGAGAGAAUGCGCGAGCAACUGGUUUGUCAUCCAUGAAUUCCUCUCGGCGGAAAACAUCAGGACCCUUGAAUUCUGGAAGUCAAGCGAAGCAGAAAAAUCCAGUUGCAAAUGAUCCUGCAGCUGCUAAAGACACUAUGUUUAUGGGGCAGACAGGUGGAUCCUCUUCAAGGCAAGCUGCAGCUUCUAGCAGUCGCGAAGCUUUUGCUGGUAGUGAGGCUGACCCCCAACGUUCUCGUGCAGCUGAUGCUAGCCAUGGAGACCCCAGGCGCUUAUCAUCUGGGAGAAGCACCUCUCAUGCCAAGAACUACGAAGCUGCCCUCAAGGGUAUGGGGGGCCUGCAAUUCGAAAGUGAUGAGAGAGUUCAUUAUUAAAUGGGUCUGCUACAGAACUUGGAAACAGAGUGUAUCGUUGGCGGUGACAUGGUUAUACCCAAAGCCAUUAAAUUUCUCCACUGAUGGAAAAAGCUGGUGACUAAAGCCUGUGAAGAAGGGUCGAAUGAGUGGGUAUGGCUUAUUUUCCUAACAGUUUAAACUCACUGUUCUUAUUGAGGAUAUCAUUAUCAUAUUUCUGUGAUUAUGACUUUCUCAGUCAUCUGUGACAUGUUCUUGACUUUUGAACCUUUAUGGCAUUGUAAAUUUGCUUGCUGUAUCCAUGUCACCUUGUUCACACCUUUAUUUAUAAUAAAUAGUGGGCCACUUUGCUUGA